GUCACAUCCGGCCCUUGCAAUUCAGGAUUGCGAAACCCUGAAAUCCUCGCAAUGAAGAGCGUAUUUGUUACUGUGGGGACCACCAGCUUUGACGACCUGAUUGCGUGUGUGUCAUCGCACGACUGUCUGCAAAUAAUCGAGAGCCUCGGUUACAGCCGACUUAUCCUCCAAAUUGGGAGAGGAACGGUGGCACCUGAACCGUUCCGUACUGAGUCAUUUGCUCUGGAUGUUUAUAGGUACAAGGAUUCGGUAAAAGAAGACCUUCGGAAGGCAGAUCUUGUCAUUAGUCACGCAGGGGCAGGAACCUGUUUGGAGUGUCUGGAAAAAGGAAAGCCACUUGUGGUGGUUGUAAACGAACAGUUGAUGAACAAUCAUCAACUGGAAUUGGCAAAGCAGCUACACAAAGAAGGUCAUCUCUUCUACUGUACCUGCAGGAUCUCGACUUGUCCAGGGAAAGCCAUCAUUGCUUCUGCUCCUGGGAAGUGCCAAGAUACUGCUGUGCUGACUCCAGCUGCCUUCUCAUGCCUAGACUUUGGUCUGCUUUCCGGAUACCUGCAUAAGCAAGCCCUUGUCACUGCUACCCAUCCUGCCUGCACCCUGCUUUUUCCUUCUUACCACACUUCUGCUCCUCUCCCUCCCUCCCCCACUCUGUGCACAAUGCAUAAAGGAUGGAAAAAGCACUGCGGCCAGAAGUCUCAGAAUGAGGCAUCAAUGGAUGAAUAUUUAGGCAGCUUAGGGCUGUUUCGAAAGCUGACUGCCAAGGAUGCUUCUUGCCUCUUUCGGGCUAUUUCAGAACAGUUGUUUUGCAGCCAGGUCCAUCAUUUGGAAAUCAGGAAGGCUUGUGUCUCAUACAUGAGGGAACAUCGACAAACUUUUGAGUCUUAUGUGGAGGGAUCUUUUGAGAAAUACCUGGAACGGUUGGGAGAUCCCAAGGAAAGUGCUGGCCAGCUGGAAAUAAGAGCUCUUUCUCAAAUUUAUAAUCGGGAUUUCAUUCUUUAUCGCUAUCCUGGAAAGCCUCCAACUUCUAUUACAGAUAAUGGCUACGAAGAAAAGAUUGUACUCUGCUAUUCAAGUAAUGGUCAUUAUGAUUCUGUGUAUUCAAAACAAUUUCAGUCAACUGCUGCUAUUUGUCAGGCUGUGUUAUAUGAAAUUCUCUAUAAAGACGUAUUUCUUGUCGAUGAAGAAGACUUGAAAACUGCAGUUGAAUUGUUUCGAACUGGUUCUAGGAAGAAUAGAAAUAAUGCUUUGACUGCAAGUGCGGAUACCCAUACUGAUGACAAGGGUUCAACUCAGGAUAGGCUGGAAGAGUUGGGUGCCUGCUGCAACGUGGAAAAUACACCAGAGGGCUGUAGUCAAGGAGCAGAAACAGCAAAGUCUCCAGAAAAUCCAUCAAAGAUGCUCUUGCCCUAUAAGGUGCUCAAAGCCCUGGAUCCAGAAAUCUAUCGUAAUGUAGAAUUUGAUGUUUGGUUGGACAGCAGAAAAGAACUUCAAAAAUCUGAAUGCAUGGAGUUUGCUGGAAGACAGUACUAUUUGGGUGACAAGUGUCAGGUUCAGUUGCAAUCAGGGGGAAGAUACUAUAAUGCACAUAUUCAGGAAGUUGGAAAGGAGAGCAAUUCAGUAACCGUUUUCAUUGAAGAACUGGCAGAAAAGCAUGUUGUUUCAUUGGAGAAUUUAAAACCAGUUACCCAAAUGACACCUGUUCCUGUGUGGAAUGCUAUGCCCAGUCGGAAAGGAAGAGGUUACCAGAAAAUGCCUGGGGCCUAUGUCCCAGAAAUAGCUAUGUCAGAGAUGGACAUGAAGCAGCGGAAGAAGAUGUUCAAGAAAGUUCGAGGGAAAGAAGUUUAUAUGACUAUGGCUUGCAGCAGGGGAGACACCUUCCUCCCAUCCAGGGUUCAGCAUGGUGUGCACUAUGGGCAUGAACCUCCAAUGCGCUACUCACAGGCAACUGGAAACAUGCCUAAUGAACAUUUUCAUCCUCAGUAUUCAUCUCCAAGACAAGGUCGGGGAUAUGGGAUGCCCAGUUCCUUUAGACGUAGUCACCGCCAGGUGCAUUGUAUGAAUAAGGAAUGUCAGUAUGGCUUUGCCUCAGAUAAUGGACAGAUGCCCAGGGGCAUGGAAGAAACUAUUACUUUUUAUGAAGUUGAAGAAGGAGAUGAGACUGCUUAUCCAUCUUUUCCUAACCAUGGUGGUCCUCCUCCUGCUUCAAGAUACUGUGUUGCAAGGCGGGGACAUAGCUCAGGCAAACAAACUUUGAAUUCAGAGGAUAAUAGCCAGAAUGACAGUGGGGGAUAUGAGGAAGAAUAUCUUUAUCCUUCAGGGCCAGACUAUGAUACUUCAGGUGUUUAUAGCACAACUGUAUCUACAGCAAACUUGUCUCUUCAGGACAGACAACCAUGUUCCAUGUCUCCUCAGGACAAAGUUACCUCAUACACCUACCCCAAGAAGGUGAUGGGAAAUUCUGCAGCAAUUGCAGCUUCCUGUGCCAAUAAUGUUCCAGCUCCAGUCUUACCUAGCUGUGCAGCAGCUAAUCAAACUAGUAGUUCCACUUCAGUUUCUUCUCAGAAUGCUGUACAGCCUUUAUUUGUAUCUCCACCUACACGAGGCAGGCCAGUGAUUGCUUCACCAUCCUUUCCAUACCAUUCUGCUCUUAUAACUGCUGCGGCUGCCUCUCCUCUGCCACCACCACCACCUCCUCCACCGCCGCCGCCUCCUGAUAUGGGAGAUAUGUCAAACUUACCACCACCACCUCCACCUUAUUCCUGUGAUCCGAAUGGCAGGGAUCUUCCCCAAGAUACAAAAGUUUUGCAGUACUAUUUCAAUCUGGGAUUACAGUGCUAUCACCAUAACUACUGGCACUCCAUGGUCUGUGGGCCACAGAUGCAGCAGGAGCAGUUUACUGUAGAGAAUUAUCCAGUCUAUACUGAGCCACCUCCUGUGGUACAUCAUACCCUUCCUCAGCCGUAUAAUGAAGUGGGGAGAGCAGAUGGCACUCAGGCAGAAGCAUCAGCAAAUGGCACUUUUCCGAAUGCUGACCCUACAUCUGUCCCUCAGGGAACAGUCUAUUAUCCAGUAAUGCCGGAUCCCUAUGGCCAGCCACCUUUGCCAGGGUUUGAGUCCUGCGUUCCUGUCGUGCCAGAUUAUCCCUAUGUUGCCUCUUGGCAUCCGGCUGGUGCAGCAUAUGGUGGUUCUUCUCAAAUCCAUGGUGCUAUAAAUCCUGGGCCAGUUAGCUAUAUUGCUGUAUCUCCCUCAGCUUCUCAUUAUGUGCCUCAGAAUAUGUAAGAUUUAGCAGUAUGAAGUACUCUUGCACUACCAUUUUCUUACUGUUUGGAUUUUUAAAAGUUAUGUUGAAUGUUUAAGUCAUUGGGUGGGUAGAGUGGUUACUAUUGUGUCUAUCUUUAAGAUUAUUUUAUCUUUUAGUUUAAAAUAGUACUUUAAAGAAAUACUACUUUGGGCUGUGAAUAAGGAAAUAGAGAUGGAUAUCCAACUAGCCCAGUAUUGCCAUCAUUCAUUGUAUUCAGUUGUUUUCCUGUCAGCCAGCUUAUCAACUUUGUGCUGAUGGUACCAAUUGAUAAAAGGAAUAAUUCAUGACAAACUAUUUCCUUGGUUCAGAAAUCACAUAUCAUAUUAAACCAUGCAGUAUUGAGAUUACUUCCACUUUUUUCUAUAAAGUAAAACAAAACCAAGAGAAUUUGCUUCUGGCUAACUCACUUAGUAUUAAAUAAGAGAGCUCAUUGGGUUUCUUAAGAAUUGUCUAAACUGACUUGUGUUCUGUAAAACAUGCUAUUGUUUAAUAUUAGACUUACGUGUAUUACUG